AUGUCGGCCAACCGAAGCUUCCUCACCUUCCCAUUGGAGCUGCGCUCCCAGAUCUAUCGCGAUUACUUUCAAGUUGACGGUGGAUACGUCUACGAUGCGAAGUCCGACAAGCUCAAGACGAGUGACGAUCAACCGAUUGACCUCGCCCUCAUCUUUACGUGCCGUACCAUCGCCAAUGAAACUAAGCAUAUCCCCUUAUCCCUCAAUUCGGUCGCCUUCUUGACUCUAUAUCGCGAGGAUUGGCGAAGUCUAGCCGGCUGCUUUAACCUUGUUGCUACGUACUAUCACCACUUGGAGUUGGACUUUGCCCUCCAUGUAGCCGAGUUUAUGACACCAGACAUGCAAUCGCAGCUCGCAUCGAAGUAUCCUGAUUUUACACGAGAGCUUGCAACCGCAUCGGCCGAACAUCUAGAGCACUAUCGCAUCACUCACGAUAACGACACCAACGAUCAGGCGGCUGGCGGGGACGCCACUUCGCCGGGAUCUAACUCUGGAUCCGGUCACACAGAAUCGCAACCCGUUAACGAGUCGAGCGGAGCACAUUGUGGUCAGAUUGGACAGUUUCUUCAUCACUGGGCCAGUCCAAAUAGAUUUUACGCUGGGUUCGCCAGGAUCCAAGAUCCUCUGUACUACUGUUUUCAACUUAUGGCAGAGCAAAGGCCGGUCGAGUUUGCUAAUCACAUUCGCUCAACCUUUCCGCAUUGGACUGCAGCAGAUCCAGUACAGCAGUUCUUCGAUCUUCGAUACGAUGACUGGGCUAUCCCAUCUGAAAGCCAAUUGAAGCGUGUGAUCAGACUCUUAGCGCUUGGCGAUAUCUGGAUACACCCGGCUAUGUGGCAUGCCAAGCCAAGAAACAAUGACGGUCAUCUGGACUAUAUCGACGACCGUGACAGUGAUGAAGAGCAGGACGAUACUGACGAAGACGAAGAAAUGACUGCAUCUCCUGACUCUGACGGUCUUGUACGUGCUCCUCAGGGUGUCCGUUGUCGAGAAAAGAUCCGAUUUUCAGCCGCUGCUAGUGCAAUUAGAUUUCUCAAGCGGAUUCCCAAUCAGCGUACUCUGAUGAAGAAGAUUGUGUUGCACGAAAACUUCAAAUCUGUCAACAACCCCGAGACUCAUGCUCAAGGCCUAGUCCCUUUCCUCCAAGAAAAUCCAUCACUUCAGAUUGUGCGUCGCGUCAGUAUGCUGGAUUGCAUUUUUGGAAUCGCAGAACCCCCUGCCGCUGUAUCAACCUAUCUGCACCGCGGUCGGGAAAGGCAACAGAAGCUUUAUAAAAGAUUCUUUUCUUUGCGGAUACUCCCAUGGCUCAAAGAAGCGAUCGCUAUGGAAGAAAGGCAAAUCCCAGCCAAAUCAUUUACGCUAGUCUUAGAGGCAGGAGCAAACCAGGACUACUGUACGGAUCUAUUCCAACGCCUACUUCAUCGAGAUGUUGCCUGGUGCCGGGCACAGGAGGUGUUGACGGCGCGAGGCACACUAUCUCUUCCACCCUCACAGCGUUACCACGAUAGGGUGCGUGUUCAAGACUUGGAAGCCAUUGAUCGACUGGUGAACCAUACUUCGACGAUCUUGACUGCCGACUUCAACACUGGGGUUGCAUGGGAUGUCCAGGCUCUAGUUCAGCAGACCCAGCAUUUUGAUGGGAUUCGUUGGCUCCUGGAAUGGAUCAUACACGCUGGAGUCAGUUAUGAAAGACUGGUUCUUGACCAGACGUACAGGGAUAGAGUGGCUGAGGUUUUUGAGAUCCAGACUGAUGGUUAUCUCGUAUCCAAUUCGGAUACGACUUAG